CGGCGGCCCGGUUGUGGCCCCGAGACCCGCGGCGACAUGGCCGGCGUCCACCGACUCCUGCUGGAGAACGCGCAGCAAGUGGUGCUGGUGUGCGCCCAUGGCGAGCGCUUCUUGGCGCGGGACGCGCUGCGCAGCCUGGCGGUGCUGGAAGGGGCCAGCCUGGUGGUCGGCGCGGAUGGAGUCAUAGAAGCCAUUGGUCCUGCCGAGGCCAUCAGAAGACAGUUUUCUGAUGCAACCUUUGAAGAAAGAAUUGACUGUUCUGGGAAAUGCAUCUUGCCAGGGUUGGUGGACGCUCACACACAUCCAGUAUGGGCUGGUGAAAGAGUUCACGAAUUUGCGAUGAAGUUGGCAGGAGCCACAUACAUGCAGAUCCACCAGGCUGGCGGCGGGAUCAACUUGACGGUGGAGCGCACCCGCCAGGCGUCGGAGGACGAGCUGUUCGGAAGCCUGCGGCAGCGGCUGGGCUGCAUGCUGAGCGCUGGGACCACGCUAGUGGAGUGCAAGAGCGGUUACGGCCUCAACCUGGAGACGGAGCUCAAGAUGCUGCGGGUGAUCGAGCGCGCCCGGCGGGAGCUGGACAUCGGCAUCUCGGCCACUUACUGCGGGGCUCACUCAGUGCCAAAAGGAAAAACUGCUACUGAAGCUGCUGAUGACAUUGUCCAUAACCAACUCCCCAAACUGAAGGAACUUAGCAUGAAAGGGGAAUUACACAUCGACAAUAUAGAUGUGUUCUGUGAAAAGGGCGUUUUUGACCUCAAGACCACCAGAAGGAUUCUUCAAACUGGAAAAGAGAUGGGGCUGCAGAUUAACUUCCAUGGGGAUGAACUCCACCCGAUGAAGGCUGCUGAGCUUGGGGCUGAACUGGGAGCUCUGGCCAUAAGUCACCUGGAAGAAGUGAGUGAUGAAGGCAUUGCUGCCAUGGCAAAGGCCCGGUGUUCCGCUGUCCUUCUACCCACCACCGCCUACAUGCUGAGACUGACACAGCCACGAGCAAGGAAGAUGCUAGAGGAAGGUGUGAUCGUGGCUCUGGGCAGUGAUUUCAACCCUAACGCAUAUUGCUUUUCAAUGCCCAUGGUGAUGCAUCUGGCUUGUGUGAACAUGAAAAUGUCCAUGCCAGAGGCCUUGGCUGCUGCCACCAUUAAUGCAGCUUAUGCACUAGGAAAAUCGCACACACAUGGAUCUCUAGAAGUUGGCAAGCAGGGAGAUCUCAUUAUCAUGAAUGCAUCCAGAUGGGAGCACUUGAUUUACCAGUUUGGAGGCCAUCAUCAAUUAAUUGAAUAUGUUAUAAUUAAAGGAAAAGUCAUUUAUAAAAAAUGAUCAAGAGCUGAAAGCAAGGAGAAGGUCCUUGACCUACAUAGAAUAACACAGAAUAUAGAUUAGUUGUUUCUCAGCCUGAUGUCAUCUAUACAAAAAUAGAUCAGCAUUUUGUUAAUCCACUUGAAAAACUGUGAGCACCAGGACAUGUAAAUGGAUAAAUGGAUUGUAAUGCUAAUUUCCAAAUACCAUAUUUUCCACAAAUAUUUAAUAUAAAUAGUCUAGAGAUGGAGUAAUUCAAAGCACUUUGAUAGGGAAGAGUAGAUUGACAGAUGUGACUCAAAAUUUCCAGUUUAUUGCUGCUUUUCAAAAAGUU